AUGGCGAUUAUAAGCAAUAGGUCUCUCCCUCUAAUCCUUGUCCUCUUCCUCUCCCUUCUUUCUUCCUGUUACCGUUCGUAUGCCUCAGUGUCAUCAGGUUCCGACGACAACACGAAGAAGGUAGGCUCUCGGCUGACCAACGAGGUAAAGUAGUUUCACAGGAAGAGGAGGAGGGGAGUUUGAUGGCUCAUGGUUUUCACGCAGCUGUACAUCGUUUACAUGGGCGAGAAGCACCACGAGGACCCCGAAGUCGUCACGUCUCUGCACCAUGACACUCUCGCUUCCAUUCUGGGAAGGUUCGUAGGCCGUUACAUCAUUUCUUUACCUUGCUUUGUCGUGUUACCGACUGAUCGAAUCCGUAAUCGAACAUACAGCAAGGAGGAAGCUCUUGGUUCGAUUAUCUACAGCUACAAGCACGGAUUCUCAGGCUUCGCCGCCAUGCUUACAGACUCUCAAGCGAAGAAACUCGCUGGUAACUUUUGUGUGUCAUCAGAGAGAAAGAGCAGAGAGAGAGAGAGAGAGAGAGAGAGAGAGAGAGAGAGACAGAGACAUAGAGACAGACAAGGAGAGAGACAGAGAAGGGAUGAGGGAGAGAACGGGAGAGAGCGUUUACGUUUGAGCGAAUGGACAAACCGGAGACUGUUUAAGAAAGCGCAGUGGGUUUAGGAGCACAGCGUCAAUGGAGUUUUAAAAGCUACAUCUCUUGGGGAUAUGAUCAAAGUCUGGAUCAUACAUGCACUGUUUUCUUAAUAAAAUAAUAAUCAUUGACAUCAAUCAAAUCAGAUGCUCACAAAAUCGGAUUUCAGGGAUGACGGGAGUCCUCGGUGUGAGGUUGAGCCGAACCCUCCAAUUGAGUACGACGCGUAGCUGGGACUUCCUCGGGCUCAGUUACAACAAUCCUCCUUCCCAGCUCCUUCACAAGGCCAGGCUAGGCGACGGCGUAAUCAUCGGAGUCGUCGACUCAGGUAGACCCCCUCGGUACUCUGUAACUCGUUCUCGUUUGGCUGGCGUUUAUCAUCUCUACAUUCAGUUUGGCGUACUAGUGUACUAUUAUUGGCCUUAAUAAGAAGGAUUGUUUAGAGGGUAAAAUGGAUGUACUAUGGAUGUGCAGGAAUAUGGCCGGAAUCCAAAAGCUUCGACGACAGUGGCUACGGUCCUGUUCCGGCACGGUGGAAGGGAACGUGCAAGACGGGGAAGGAGUUCAACGCUUCCCACUGCAACCGGAAGAUCAUCGGCGCGCGAUGGUAUGCAGCUGGUGUUGAUGAGGUCACAUUGAAAGAGGACUACCUCUCUGCGCGCGAUGUGAACAGCCACGGUACCCACGUAGCAUCGACGGCAGCUGGAUCCUACGUGCGAAACGUGAGCGUAGGUGGAAUGGCCGUUGGAUGGGCGAGAGGCGGGGGCCCCCCGUGCUAGGCUGGCCGUAUACAAAGUUGCGUGGGGGCAGAAAGGCACGGCUUCUUACGCAUCGGUGCUGGCAGCGAUUGACGACGCCAUACAUGACGGCGUGGACAUUCUCUCCUUAUCGUUGCGCACCCCAGAAGACUCGUGGGGCUCCCUGCAGGCUGUGCUUAAGGGAAUCACCGUGGUAUACUCAGCCGGAAACGAUGGUCCGUUUCCUCAGACGGUGGAGAACACCUCCCCAUGGGUAAUAACUGUGGCAGCCAGCACGAUGGAUCGGUCUUUUCCCACGGCCAUUACCCUCGGAGACAAUGUUACCCUGGUGGUCAGUAUCAUUGCCUCACCCUGGUGAUUUCUUAUCUAGUCGAUAGAAACCCGUUUCCAGCCUUUCUUAAUGCAAGUAAGGAAAUCUAUCUUCUUCUUUCAGGGUCAAGCUACAUACCUUGGGAAUGCGAAUUUGAGCGGGUUUACCGGCAUCACAUAUGGUGACAGGUCACAUGCCCCGUUCCUUGCGUACUGCUUUAUUUUCAGCUAGAUCUAGUAAAUUUACAUUUGCAUUUCUUAGUUUAAACGAACCUCGUCUUUCUGAUGCAGUUGUGACAACGAAACACUGAAGGGCACCGAAUAUAGAAGAACAGUCGUCCUCUGCAACCCGGGACUAAGAGCAUCGAGAGACCAGAUAUCUUUUGCGGCGCAGAACGUUCGGAAGGCUGGAGGUCUAGGUCUAAUCUUCCCACAGUACACCACUAACAUCCUUCCUCAACCCGACGAUUUCCCGAUCAUCCUGGUGGACUGGAUUGCUUUUCAGCAAGUAGCCGAAUACCUUCAGACCUUCAGGUAACCACGUUCCUUAAACCCUUUACCUCUUUCUCUCCACCCCCACCUCACUGAUGGAUACAGCGUUUUCCCUCUGACUCACGCCUCGCUGCUGGAAUGCGAUGUUCCAUCCAUAGGGAUUCUGCCAAGGUGAAGCUGUCUCCCACGCGCACUGUAGAAGGUAAGGGGAUCUUGGCACCGAGAGUAGCAGCAUUCUCGUCCAGAGGCCCCAACAAAGUCUUCCCCGGAAUCCUCAAGGUGCGUCUAUAGUAUUCAAAAGAUAAGGUUUUACAGGAGACGAAUUUUCCUUGACGGAGAAAGGAUCUGCAUCGACAUUCACUUUAGUGUAGUUGCAUCAAAUGUUCAGAGUUCCAAGGUUCCCGCAUCAAGGUUCCGCUAUUUGUUCUUUGUCUGAAAUAUUUCGCACCGAUGCAGCCGGACAUCGCUGCACCGGGAGUCAGCAUCCUCGCCGCUGUACGGGAUUCGUACGGUUUCAUGGAUGGAACAUCUAUGGCCACUCCACACGUAUCAGGAAUCGUGGCACUCCUUAAAUCCUUGUACCCUACUUGGUCCCCCGCCGCUAUAAAAUCGGCCAUUCUGACGACCGGUAUGUUCUCUCAAUCCCGUAUCGAUGUGCGUCGUUUCGUUCUCAACAUCAAUCUAUUUCUCUUCGCAGCUUCGGUUGUCGACAAAGAUGGCGUGCCGAUAGUGGCGGAGGGCACACCCCGCAAGCUCGCCGACCCUUUCGACUACGGGAGCGGUCACAUUAAUCCAGAAAAGGCAGCUGAUCCGGGGCUUAUAUACGAUAUCAAUCCGAAAGAUUUCAACGAGUUCAAGUGUUCUUUGGGUUCUUUACUGGUUUGUGAAACUCCACAGCUUCCUGUCUACGACCUUAAUCUGCCUUCCAUCUCUAUCCCUGAUCUCAAAACCAAGGUGACGGUGUCAAGGACCGUCACCAAUGUGGGCCCAGCCGACAGCACUUACGUCGCCAUAGUCGAACCCCCGCCAGGUGUCCAGAUGGAAGUUCGACCAUCAAAGCUCGUCUUUGAUGAACGCACCAAAACACAGAAAUUCACCGUUACAUUGACGUCUGUUCGCAUGAUACAGGGAGUGUACACAUUCGGAAGCUUGACUUGGAAAGAUGAUACUCAUACGGUCAGGAUACCUAUUGCAGUUCGCAAUGUAAUCAAGGACUUCUAUGCGGACGUCGCAUAG